UGGCAAGAGGCGACGCCAGCGGCCCAAGAAUUUUGGUGACGGACUAUCCUCUAAAACAGAGUCCAACACGUCUCCUACUCUGCAACGUGGCCAGAUUUGCGCGAUGGAGGGACCCUUUUCACUUCUUUGAGGAAGAAGGUGGGUUGGUGGGCCGCAAAGGAGCUUACCACCAACUCAUCGGUUCUCAAGUGCAGAGUGCUCCUCUGGCGCCGGUGCUGCUGGUGGUGGAGUUCAGCUUUCUGAUGUCAUUUAUCCACAAACUGGGAGGCAGAUAACGGCGACAGCUUUGUUUCUCUCGGACUAAAUUAUCAUUCGUCGGCGGGAUUCCUUCUCGCUUUGACAAAAAGGAAGGCGGCGAUAACUGUUGACUGGAAAAGCUGAGAAAUCUUCCCCCAUUAAUCUGGUGAGAAAGAGGGAGAGAAACUGAGGGGGCGAUGGACGGUGAGAAGGGAGGGGCGCUGGGAUCGGGUUUGGUAUCGUCGGAGUGGUUGUUGGAGUACCAAUCGGGGUUCGGGAACCACUUCUCGUCGGAAGCGCUUCCUGGUGCGCUCCCCGAAGGGCAGAACAGCCCCCUUGUCUGCCCCUACGGCCUGUACGCCGAGCAGAUCUCCGGCACCUCCUUCACCGCUCCCCGCAAAUAUAAUCUCAGGAGUUGGCUGUACCGGAUUAAACCUUCUGUUACACAUGAACCAUUCCAACACAGAAAUCCAUGCCACGAAAAUCUGAUAUCAGAAUUUAGUAAUUCUUUAACAUCUGCUACACCAACUCAACUGCGUUGGAAGCCUGCUGAUUUUCCUAGCUCACCUACUGACUUCAUUGAUGGGAUUUACACAAUAUGUGGAGCUGGAAGUUCUUUCCUGCGACAUGGUUAUGCCAUCCACAUGUAUGCUGCCAACAAAUCGAUGGAUAAUUGUGCUUUCUGUAAUGCCGAUGGUGACUUUCUGAUUGUCCCCCAGAUAGGAAGGUUAUGGAUCACAACUGAGUUCGGAAGAUUACAGGUUUCUCCUGGUGAAGUAGCUGUUUUGCAGCAGGGCUUUCGUUUUUCUGUUGACCUGCCGGACGGUCCAUCACGUGGCUACAUUGCUGAGGUUUUUGGUACCCACUUUCAAUUGCCUGAUCUUGGUCCUAUAGGUGCCAAUGGCCUGGCUGCAGCGAGGGAUUUUCAGGUCCCAGUCGCUUUCUUUGAAAAGGAAUCUCGCCCAGGAUACACAAUUGUUCAAAAGUAUGGUGGUGAGCUUUUUACGGCCAAACAAGAUUUUUCUCCUUUUAAUGUGGUGGCUUGGCAUGGGAACUACGUCCCUUACAAGUAUGAUCUCAGCAAAUUUUGCCCAUUCAAUACCGUUUUGGUUGAUCAUGGAGAUCCUUCAAUAAACACAGUACUUACAGCGCCCUCAGACAAGCCUGGUGUAGCUUUGCUAGAUUUUGUGAUCUUCCCUCCUCGAUGGUUGGUGGCUGAGCACACCUUCCGCCCUCCUUACUACCACAGGAAUUGCAUGAGUGAAUUUAUGGGAUUGAUUUAUGGUGGCUAUGAGGCAAAAGCAGAUGGGUUUCUGCCUGGUGGUGCAAGUUUGCAUAGUUGCAUGACCCCUCAUGGACCUGACACUAAGACCUUUGAGGCGACAGUGGCACGUGGAGAGGAUACUGGACCAUUCAGAAUAGCAGACACUAUGGCAUUCAUGUUUGAGUCAUGCUUGAUACCCCGAGUUUGUCAAUGGGCACUAGAGUCUCCUUACAGAGAUCAUGAUUACUACCAAUGCUGGAUAGGUCUGAAAUCCCACUUCUCAAUUGAAGAGAAGGGGACACUGAAAGCAAGCAGGAACCUGCUCACUGAUGACGCUCAUGAGCAUGUAGAAGGUGACUGCAGGAAGACUGCUAUCCAUGGCUGUCCUUAGAGAGUUCAGGGUCUUCUGUGGUUGACGAUGUUCACUUGUGAUCUUCACGUGUAAAGAAAUAGUUUAUGCACAUGGAACAACUAGAGUUGUAAAUGACCAAACCAAAGUUUGCCUCGCAUAUAAUUAAAUAAAAUACCGGUAUUCUGGUGACC